AACCGCGUACGUGCAAAUCGUGCAGACUGCCAAAGGCGAGCGUCAGAAACGAGGCUUUCUGUUCAGUAACUGCGAACCCCUCCUUCAUUAAACCAAAUAUCGGCCUCUCUCUGGUUCGGUCCAGAUUAAUUCCCCGGAUCGGAACCAACAGUAUCUGCUGCAGCUCUGAGAACAUCCCAGGCGGAGCUGGUUUGUUUGUGAUGAGGAGGUCGCCCUGCUGCAGGGCUUUGCGUAACAUUCAGAUAAGAAGGAGGAGAGGACAUUUUUUUUUUUUAUCGCGAGGACUUCUUUCACUUUGGCUUCAGUCUUAAAAUAAAUGGUUUUGUGAAGAAAUAAGCACCUGACAUUUAACACUACUACAGACGCCGGACAAGGGGAAAUAACUGAGGCCUGUGCUGCAAGUCUCUGCAGACUUUUCUGCUCUUCAGCAUGAAGGCACCACUUGGAAUAUUCAUGAGCUCCGAUUUCCCACACUACAGUUUCAAGAUGCCAAAUAUAGGGUUCCAGAACCUUCCUCUUAAUAUCUACAUUGUGGUGUUUGGGACGGCCAUCUUUGUCUUCAUCCUCAGCCUCCUCUUCUGCUGCUACCUGAUCAGGUUACGGCACCAGGCACACAAAGAGCUUUAUGCAUACAAACAAGUCAUCCAGAAGGAAAAAGUCAAAGAGUUAAACUUGCAUGAGAUAUGUGCAGUGUGCUUGGAGGAGUUUAAACAGAAAGAUGAGCUGGGGAUCUGUCCAUGCAAACACGCCUUUCAUCGGAAGUGCCUCAUUAAGUGGUUGGAGGUGAGGAAGGUGUGCCCGCUGUGCAACAUGCCCGUCUUACAGCUCGCCCAGCAGGCCGGCACCACGGAGCCCCCUGCGCCCGUACAGCAACCCCUGCCCGGCGCAGAGAACCUGGUUUAACGAGCGCCGGGCGCCUUUCUAAAAGCACUCGGCCCAGAAACCACACCCCAACGCUCACCUUAAACAGACACACUUGGCUGUGAACUGACAGAAACUGGAGUAAGUGCACAGAAACUCACCAAACCGAGAGUCUGCAGCCAUCAUCACCUACGCAGGAGUCCCUCACCAUCAGCAGCGCUGAGUGGCUCACAAUCAGCUGCUCCGUUUUUAUUAUUUUUUUUUUAAUUCAUAGACGAUGAAGUUGAUCUAGAAGUUUUUUCCUUUUUAGUCACUUUUUCACAACCAAAGCGCUUUUUCUGGACGGCACCAGCAAAAGACAAGGAAGAAGAAAAUGACAAAAAAAAAGAAAAGCCAAGAACUUUAUGACACUAAGAUUUUCUUUUUGUUUAAAAAGCACUUUAUGA